CAGAGUGUCGCGCGACCUGUGUACACGACAACCGGUCGAGUAUAAAUAGCAAAGCUAAACUUAUUUUUUUUUAUUUAUAUAUGCAAAGUGAAUUUAGAAAUUGAAUAUUAGUAUAUUUAAAAAGAAAAAUCACGUGUUUGUUACUUUAUCUGUUUUUGUUAUUGCAAUUUUAAAGAUGCGCCUGAUCAUCCUGGAGGACGCGAGCGUAGUGGCGGACUGGGCGGCGCAGUUUGUGCUACAGCGGAUCACGCAGUUCGCGCCGGGGCCGGGCCGCCACUUCGUGCUGGGGCUGCCCACGGGCGGCACGCCGCUCGGCAUGUACCGCAAGCUCGUGCAGUUCCACAAGGAGGGGCGGCUCUCCUUCAAGUACGUCACCACGUUCAACAUGGACGAGUACGUCGGGCUGCCGCGCGAGCACCCCGAGUCGUACCACUACUACAUGUGGAACGAGUUCUUCAAGCACGUGGACAUCGACCCGAACAACGCGCACGUGCUGGACGGCAACGCGCCCGACCUGGCCGCCGAGUGUCGCCGUUUUGAGGACCUAAUACAGCAGGCCGGCGGCGUGCACCUCUUCAUCGGAGGCAUCGGUCCGGACGGGCACAUCGCGUUCAACGAGCCGGGCUCGUCGCUGGUGUCCCGCACACGCGUCAAAACGCUCGCCUACGACACGCUCGACGCCAACAAGCGCUUCUUCGGCAACGACAUGAGCAAGGUGCCGCGCCAGGCGCUCACCGUCGGCGUCGGCACCGUCAUGGACGCCAAGGAGGUGAUGAUAUUGAUAACGGGCGUGCAUAAAGCGCUGGCGCUGGCGAAGGCGGUGGAGGAGGGCGUGAACCACAUGUGGACUGUGUCCGCGUUCCAGCAGCACCCGCAGGCGCUGUUCAUAUGCGACGAGGACGCCACACUCGAGCUGCGCGUCAAGACUGUCAAGUACUUCAAGGCGCUGAGCGAGGAACACCAGAAGAUGAUCGCCGACCGGCCCGUUGACGAGCAGCGCCUCGUACACUGACCCCGACCUUCACCUUAACCCCGGCAGCCGGUGUCGGCCGCUCGCUCUAGUCUAAUGGUGGAGCACAACAAAUUGCUCGAGAUCACACGAUGAGUCACAACACAUUCUAUAGAUUCAUUAUCAAACAAUUAUGGUUUAAAAUUACUUUAAUUUUUAUUAUUAAGAGAAUAUUGUAA